GCUAAGGUAAAGUGAACUGAUGUAAUCUGAUAGCCAGCAGCACCAGCAAGAGCAGCAGCAGCAGCUGUAACAGCUGUGUAAGCCCUAGCCGUGUCAGCCUUCACAGCAGAGUUGAAGACUGCAAAGAAUCAUGGAGAACGUCAGGAAAAGGACCCGGCCCAAUACCAACGGGAAAGCGUCACAACCGAACCAGUCGGCUCAGUGGGGCAGAGCAUGGGAGGUGGACUGGUUCUCCCUGAUGUCGGUUGUUGGCCUCCUUGUCUUUGCUCCUGUCAUCGUCUUCUACUUUGUGAUGGCCUGCGAUCAGUACCAGUGCUCAGUCACUCAGCCAGUGCUGGAGCUCAUCCAUGGAGAAACCACUCUAGGCAUCAUCUGGGCCAGAGCUCCAUCCUUCACCUGGACUGCUGCCAAAAUCUACCUCUGCUGGGUCUCCUUCCAGGUCUUCCUCUACAUGUGUGUCCCUGAUGUCCUCCACAAGUUCAUCCCUGGAUAUGUAGGUGGCGUACAGGACGGAGCACGCACUCCAGCUGGUCUGAUUAAUAAAUAUGAGAUCAAUGGUCUUCAGUGCUGGAUCAUCACUCACCUCCUGUGGUGGGUAAACGCUCAGUAUUUUCACUGGAUUUCUCCCACCAUCAUCAUCGAUAACUGGAUUCCCCUAAUGUGGGUUGCCAACAUUCUAGGCUACGGCGUUUCCUCCUUCGCUUUUGUAAAAGCGUAUCUGUUUCCCACCAAUGCUGAGGACUGCAAAUUUACAGGAAACGUCUUCUACAACUACAUGAUGGGAAUCGAGUUCAACCCUCGCAUCGGAAAAUGGUUUGACUUUAAGCUGUUCUUUAACGGCCGACCAGGAAUCGUGGCCUGGACCCUCAUCAAUCUGUCUUACAUGGCCAAACAGCAGGAACUUUACGGUUAUGUCACCAACUCCAUGAUUUUGGUCAACGUCCUGCAGGCCAUGUAUGUUGUGGAUUUCUUCUGGAACGAGGCGUGGUACCUGAAAACCAUCGACAUCUGUCAUGAUCACUUUGGUUGGUACCUCGGCUGGGGAGACUGUGUCUGGCUUCCCUAUCUCUACACACUGCAGGGUCUGUACCUGGUCUACCACCCAGUCCACCUGUCUGAACUACACACCCUGGUUGUCCUGAUCUUGGGUCUGGUCGGAUACUACAUCUUCCGCUCCACGAACCAUCAGAAGGACCUGUUCCGCCGCACUGAGGGUGCCUGCACCAUCUGGGGAAAUAAACCCACGUACAUUGAGUGCUCGUACUACUCCAGUGAUGGAGGAAUUCACCGCAGCAAACUCAUGACAUCUGGCUUCUGGGGCGUGGCCCGUCACUUCAACUACACCGGAGACCUCAUGGGGUCCCUGGCCUAUUGUGCCGCCUGUGGCUUCGGUCACAUCCUGCCCUACUUCUAUGUGAUCUACAUGACUAUUCUGCUGGUGCAUCGCUGUAUACGCGAUGAGCACCGCUGCAGUAGCAAGUACGGCAAAGACUGGAAACGUUACACAGAUGCAGUUCCAUAUCGACUGAUCCCCGGGGUGUUUUAAGAAUAAAAUUAAAAAUUAAAAAAAAAACAACAGAGGACAAAGAUAAAUUGUCCCGGCUACCAGAGAUGUA